AUGAAACUUCCUGCAUGUGAACGAUGCAGAAUACGCAAAGUCAAGUGCGACACAUAUGCCCCUAAAUGUACGGGAUGUAUGCGCGGUAAUGCGGCCUGCAUCAUCGUCGACCCUCUCACAAAUGAGAGAUACACACGAGAUGGUUUGGUCCAGAUGGAGCAAAAACUUCGGCUUCUCGAAGCGAAUGCUGUGGCGACAUCGCCUGACAAGGUUACGUCAGACAAAGGCAUCCAGAAGGGUACGAAGAUUCACUUUGUUGGCGAUGGUAGUGGAUUGAAUUUCUUUGAACGUUUAUCAACCACUGCGAGGACAAGACUGCCUUCUUUGAACGAAUCACCGAGUGCAGUGCACCAUCCGUCUUAUAACAGCUCAGCGGUCACGCCACAAAUAUUGCCUAACCUAGACACGGCAACGCUUCUCAUUACGCAUUACUUAAGCCAUGUGCAGUUGCAUCAUCCUUUGUUAGCUAAGUGUACUGUUUCAGACUUGUUGCAACGUGGUUAUUAUUCGAACAAUGCCCAGGUUUCUGCAGAGGACAUGUACCGGCUGUUCAUGGUCUUUGCUAUCAGUUCAGUGACAACCUACAGGAGGGGUCAAACCACUGUACACCCGUACGGAUACUUUCGUGCAGCUCAACGUUAUGCAUCACAGGUUAGCAUGUUAGGCGGCAUAGCAGGUGUCCAGAACCUUUUGCUCGUUGCUCGAUUUGCAAUGUACUACCAUAUCGAUUGCUCGAUCUGGGAUAUCGCUCGGUUCUGCAUGAGAGAAUGCAUUGCAUUGGGAUUCCAUCGUCCCCCAACGGAGCCAUUGCCUCCUCUGCAAGAACAAAUCCAGCGGAAUGUGUUCUGGGACUGCUAUGUGCAUGAUCGAUACAGUUCAGGUAUCCUUGGACGGCCGUACGCGAUAGCCGAAGAUGAUAUUACCGUUGAACUUCCCCUUGAAAUGAGUGAAGAGAUAAUUUCGUCCUCACCAUCCGAAUCCCUCAGCGAACUGAAGGUAGAGGACCACAACCUACCGAAUGGAGCUUCUGUCUUCCGAUUCGUCAUCAAGCUGCGGAGAAUUAUUACCAGGAUUUCCAAUUGUUUCUACAGUUCUGGUGGCCAUGUGCAACACCGUAGACGUACCAUUACCGAUGCAGGGCGAGUCAGAGUUGACCUGCAUCGCUUCCUGAGGGAGCUGGAAUGCGCUCGAGAGCAUGCGCCCGUCUUCGAGAGCCCAGAGAGUCUAUAUGAGCGAUCUGAGUGGUAUGACUUUCUCGUCGAAAAGGACAAGCUCACCCUGAUACGCGGGGCUCUAGCCCAGAUACCAGUAGAUGGCUUGCAUCCGCCACGUGAGCUCCUCAAAGAAUCACUACGAUGUGCUACUAGUGUCAUUGAGCUUUACAGUACAAUGUUCUCUAAUGGUCAAAUCACCUGGACUAGGUCAUAUUUCCAGAUCAUGUUCACCUCUGGCCUGUCCAUCAUGUACACUUUGUCACUGCUGAAGCAUGAGAAGUCGUUUCGAGAAUCGGGCGAUAAAGGGGCCUUUCUACGUGCCUCACGAGCUUUAACGACUGCUUGUGAGCUGAUGAAGAUGUUCGUGAGCGAAAUGCCGGACGCCGGUAGGUUUGCAGACAUUUUCGAGGUCCUGGUGAAACGACAUACAGGCACGGGAAGUCGAGCUCGGCCGAGCCGGGCGGCCUCUCCUACUUCACGAGAUCACGUUGCGCACCAGCUAAUCACCCAUUCGGAAGCACCAGACAAACCUCAGCCGCCGCCGCCACAGCAUGAUAUCAACGUGGUGUCAAUGACCGCCCCAUCACGGCAAGAUGAGUAUUUCGACGUAUCAAUCCCCGCAGCUGACACUACCGGAAUCCAAGUAGAGCCUAUGCUCAGUGCUCCGACAGGACCAGACCAGCAAGAGGACGAUCUUGCAAUGCUAGAUCUGGAUCUCGACAACUUCCAGAACUGGUCGCUCUUCCCGGCCAACACGGACAACAUGCUCGGCCAGGUCGAGGCCGGUCUGGGCGAAUACGUAUGGGGUACGCCCCCGGACGAUAGCCUCUGGGACCAGUGGGAUUUCUUCCGUGGUCCUUCAUGA